CUGAAAUGAGAAAGUAGCGGAAUUACUCAUAUAGACUGUCCUGUAGUCACAGCAAAGACAAGCUUUUGCAAUAUACUUGUUGAUUGACCGGCUGAACGGUCCAACUUGGUCAAUACCUGGACAGUUGGACAUAAAUCGAAUCAACAACCAUUCCAGCAUGGCUGAGGCAGAUCCUCACCCGGAUAGUAACAAAUCAGUCUCCUUACUUCUACUCGGAGAUGCAGGAUGUGGAAAAUCAACAUUCUUAGCUCGCCUCAAGAGUGGAAGACCGUCCCCAUCAGGGCCCUCCAAUACUGAUCCAAAUACCCUUGAACUAUUACGAGAUGGUGAUCAGCCUUUCAUUUACGACAUCCGGUUCUCAAAGAAGACAUUCACUUUAGAGCUUUACGACACAUCCAACCCAAACCAGCAUUGGACAAAUCUUCGGCCUGACGUGGUUGUUAUAGCCUUUGAUAUCUCCAACCGGGAUACACUUGCUGGACUGAAAGAGUGGCGAAAUGACAUUACUCGUUAUUUCCAGUACGGUCAUGGUGAGCGCCUUCCAGUGAUGUUGCUAGGCCUGAAAAGAGACCUACGGAGAGAAGGCGAGGGGAUCAUCUAUCCACAAGAGGCCUAUCGUAUUGCGCAGGAACUUCGUUGCGAUAGAUACGCCGAGUGUUCGGCUGUCACAGGCGAGCUGCUUGCAGAGACGUUUGAGGAUCUCGCUAGAUUGGCGGCAAUGACGACGACUGAAAAAGGUGGCCAGAGUGAGGGCACUACUUGCGUUAUUCUUUGAUUCUUUCGUUGUCAAUGUUCUAUCCUGUUUCCCAUACCCAUACACGUAUAAACCAG